AGUUUAACAGGAAAUUUUCAUAUUAAUGAUUGCAUUCGAUUUUUGGUAUUGAAAAUUUUAGUAUAAAAGAUGCUGUGAGUGAUGGAUCAAAAUCAUUCGAACACAUUUGUUCAAGUGAAUUGGACCGGAAAAUAUCCAAACAUUACAAGAUGAAAUUCCUUCUGGUUGUGGCUUUCGUCGUCGCUGCCGUUAGCGCUGACGUUUCGCAUUUAUCGGGUUACAACUAUAACCAGCCACGAGCUGCUCCACAACCGCAAUCAGGUUAUAACUAUGACUGUCCGCAACCAUCUUUUGACGAUCAUGCGAACUCUGCACCAGCACAAAGUUAUCUUCCACCACAACCAGCUCCAGCACCCCAAUCAAACUACUUACCUCCAGUAGCAGCAGCUAGCCACUCUCCACAAUCACAAUCGGGUUACAACUAUGACCAACCAAAACCAUCAUUUGACGAUCAUGCAAGCUUUGCACCAGCACAAAGUUAUCUUCCACCACAACCAGCUCCAGCACACCAAUCCGCACCAGCACAUAGUUAUCUGCCCCCACAACCAGCCCCAGCACCGAAAUCAAACUAUUUACCUCCAGUAGCACCAGCUCAACAACCAAAAUUGGGCUACAACUAUGACCAACCAAAACCAUCAUUUGACGAUCAUUCAAGCUCCGCACCAGCUCAAAGCUAUCUUCCACCACAGCCAGCUUCAGCACCAAAAUCAACCUAUUUGCCUCCAGUAGCACCAGCUCAAAGCUUGCCACCACAAGCUGCUUCAAAAUCACAAUCGGGUUACAACUAUGACCAACCAAAACCAUCAUUUGACGAUCAUUCAAGCUCUGCACCAGCACAAAAUUACCUGCCACCAGCACCAAAAUCAAACUAUUUACCUCCAGCAGCACCAGCUAAACAAUCACAAUCGGGCUACAACUAUGACCAACCAAAACCAUCAUUUGAUGAUCAUUCAAGCUCUGCACCAGCACAAAGUUAUCUGCCCCCACAACCAGCCCCAGCCCCAAAAUCAACCUAUUUGCCUCCAGUAACACCAGCUCAAAGCUUGCCACCACAAGCUGCUCCACAAUCACAAUCGGGUUACAACUAUGACCAACCAAAACCAUCAUUUGAUGAUCAUUCAAGCUCCGCACCAGCACAAAAUUACCUGCCACCAGCACCUAAAUCAAACUAUUUACCACCUCAAGCUGCCGCUUCUUCAGAUGGAUAUAACUACAAAAAACCAUCUUACUAAAGCGAUUGUGUUCGCAUGAAUAUUUGUU